CUGUAGUGGAAGCAAGAGACAAGUUGACGAAUGCAAUAUCAGAUGUGAGAGCGGUGAGGUUUUUAAAGCAAUUUUUUACUUUUUCUCAUAUUUAUUAAAUCUGAACUCAUGUAAGGCAAAGGACUGCAAUAAUCGAGGUACGUGCUUGGGAACGAAAGCAGCCUAUGUCUGUGCCUGCGUGCUAGGUUACACGGGAAGGAACUGCGAAGAAACAGUGUGUGACUCGUCCAGAGAUUGUAAUGGACGGGGAAUCUGCUUCGGCACCACAAAUUCACUGACAUGCCUGUGCAAUUUGGGCUAUCUUUUAUGUAGGACACCUUUUUAA